UCUUUAUUUCUCCGCUUUCGUCAACCCACCCACCUCAUCCCUUUGCCCAUCACCACCAUCAUUUCUGCUCUUCUCACUCUAAAAACUCUUAACUAAACCCCCAUCUUCUUCGAUUACAACGCUACAGAAAAUAAAAUUUACUGGUAGAAAACGAACCAGAAAACCUUGAAUUUCCCAGCUAUGGUUUUCUCAACAGUAAUUACUUCCUCCUCCUAUAUUUGCUUACCCAAAGCCACCCGCCCUAUCACUCGACGCUCAAUCCGGUGCUCCGCCGCUUCUGUUUCGUCUAAAUUUGAUCUCAAAACUUAUUGGACGACUCUAAUUAGAGAAAUCGAUCAGAAACUCGACGAGGCGAUAACGGUGCAGUACCCCCAGCAGAUCUAUGAAGCCAUGCGCUAUUCAGUUCUCGCCAAAGGCGCUAAGAGAGCCCCGCCUGUCAUGUGCGUCGCCGCCUGUGAGCUCUUUGGCGGCCACCGCCUCGCCGCCUACCCCACCGCCUGCGCUCUUGAAAUGGUCCACGCGGCUUCACUAAUCCACGACGAUUUACCAUGCAUGGACGACGACCCUUCUAGAAGGGGCCAGCCCUCAAACCACACGAAAUUCGGUGUUGACAUGGCAAUCUUAGCCGGAGACGCACUAUUUCCACUAGGGUUCCGCCACAUAGUCUCCCACACCCCAACAAAUCUCGUCCCAGAAACCCAACUCCUCCGCGUUGUGGCGGAGAUCGCACGGGCAGUGGGGUCCACCGGCAUGGCGGCCGGCCAGUUCCUCGACCUGGAGGGUGGGCCCAAUGGGGUCGAUUUCGUCCAAGAAAAAAAGUUUGGAGAAAUGGGGCAAUGCUCUGCUGUAUGUGGGGCCCUACUUGCAGGUGCAUCAGAUGAUGAGAUCGAACGGCUGAGAAAAUACGGGCGGGCAGUGGGUAUUUUGUAUCAAGUGGUGGAUGAUAUUUUGGAAGCGAAAUUGGAGACGGAGGAAAAAGAGGGAGAAAAUAAAAAGGGUAAAAAAAGUUACGUAUCGAUUUAUGGAGUGGAGAAAGCAAUGGAAGUGGCUGAGGAAUUGAGAGCGGAGGCUAAGAAAGAGCUGGAUUGCUUGGAGAAAUACGGUGAGAAGGUUUUACCGUUGUACAGCUUUGUUGAUUAUGCUGCUGAUAGAGGUUUUAGCUUUAAAUGAUGGUUUUGGUUACACCUAUUAAUUAUAGAGCAAGUACUAUAUAUUGAUGUCUGUAGUAAAAAUAAAAGUAAGUAAAACAUGUUUGUAUUGUUGUACUUUUUAUAUGCACACACACUGAUUUAAGCAUGAAAUGAAACCAUGAAGAAAGGUUUAAUAGAGCAGCCUGACUUGCAA